CUUAAAACAAAUACAAUAUAGGCCUAAAAAUGCAGAUACAGGAUGUAAGGAUUGAGUCACUGUCAUCCCCGUGGUCACUUUAAACAGAAGAAAUUGCCAAACUCACAAGAAAAGAAGUCUCAUGUAUGGCAGACUCCAACCCCUCCAUGUUACAAAUUCACAAUUUCCUCCUUAUACCCCUAGCUUUAUUAUUUUCUCUAUAAAACCCUCCUACAUUCUUCCACAAAUUCUCUCAUUUCUUAAUUCUAAGCUUUGAUCAUCACCUACUCAAUACAACCAAAAAUAAAUACAGCCUCAACCCCCUAGCCUAAAAAAAAUAAUUAAAGAUGUGUUCUUCCAAAACUAAACUGCAGAGUAGCCCACAAACUCUCUCCCAGAUCAAUGGCCGCUCUGUUCUUCAACCACAUAGCAAUAUAGUUCCUCUUUUUGAGCGACGCAAUUCACUCAAAAAGACAACUAACAGUGCCGCUCCUGUUACUACAAAUGGAAGUACUAAAGUCAAGAUGAGUUCAGCAACAACUCCACCGGUCUCACCUAAAAUGAAGUCGCCCGCUAUCAAGAGAGGAAACAACAUUGAUCUCAAUGGUUUGAGUUCAAGUGCUGAGAAAGUUGUGACAGCUAAUAAAUCCCCAACUUUAUUAAAGAAGCCUAAGAAAAGUAGUGCUUCACCCCCUUCUGUGGAGAAUUCUUCAUUGAAAUAUUCUUCCUCCUUGAUAGUCGAGGCUCCGGGAAGCAUAGCAGCAGCAAGAAGGGAACAAGUUGCAAUAGCGCAAGUGCAGAGGAAAAUGAAAAUUGCACAUUAUGGAAGAACUAAAUCAGCCAAGUCUUCUCUUGACCCUUCAUUCUCCUCAGCAGUUAGCCCCCAUCCUCGAGAGGAAAAAAGAUGCAGCUUUAUCACGCCUAAUUCUGACCCUCUUUACAUUGCCUACCAUGAUGAAGAAUGGGGAGUUCCCGUCCAUAAUGAUAAUCUGCUUUUUGAGUUGCUGGUGUUAACUGGUGCACAUGUUGGAUCGGACUGGACUUCAGUUUUAAAGAAAAGGCAAGAAUUCAGGGAUGCCUUUUCAGGAUUUGAUCCAGAAAUUGUUUCCAAGUAUAAUGAAAAGAAGAUAACCUCAACAAGUGUCGAAUAUGGUAUAGAGCUUAGCCAAGUCCGAGGAGCUGUCGACAACUCUAACAGAAUUUUAGAGAUAAAGAAGACAUUUGGUUCAUUCGACAAGUAUCUGUGGGGAUUUGUGAACAACAAGCCCAUUGCAACACAAUACAAGGCAUGCAACAAAAUCCCAGUGAAGACCUCAAAAUCAGAAACCAUAAGCAAAAACAUGGUGAAAAGAGGCUUCCACUACGUUGGCCCAACUGUUAUACACUCCUUCAUGCAGGCGGCCGGCCUCACCAACGACCACCUGAUCGCCUGCCCACGACAUCUCCAGUGCGUGGCAUUGUCAACUCAACCACCCCCUGCCCUAUAAUUUACCUAACCAUCUCCCAGUUUAUCAACUACUCUACUAAGCCUUAGUUUUAAGUAAGCAAACAAAAGUUGUUGAGGAAACCUAGUUGAUUGUCUAACAAUAUUGAAUAUUCUACCUUCUUUUUCUUUGGAGUGAUGAAUUUUAGAUGUUUUAAGUGCUUUGAUUUGAUGAUGUAAGAUACUGAGUUGGUUAAAUGUAUAGAAAGUAGAAAGGAAUAAAGUAAGGAUGUUAUAGAUAUGGGGGGACAGGAGGCAUGUGCAGGGUGGGCAGGGGAAUGCCAAUGGCAUGUGCUAUUUGAUUUAAUAUUUGUGGGCACUGACCACCACCACCAUCAGCAGAAGCCAUCACUACACCACUAUUUACUUGCAUGCUUUUGAACAGAGGCUUAUCUUUCAAGGAUAAGAUGAUCAUCAACAUCAGUACAACAGAGGAGGAGCCUUUGCUUUCCCCCCAUUAUAGGCCCUUCAUUCCUGUUGCUGCAGGGAAUAAAUAGUGGAUGAUUUAUUCCCUACAUCAUUCAACUAAAAUGAUGCCACGUGCAGCACCUUAACACAAAAGUAAAGGGGCAUUAGUUUGGUUAUGUUUGUUGCCCCAUCGUGAUAUGUUGUUUCGAAUCUAACUUGACAUAGAGGCAAGCACAAAGUGCCUUGCAGUUUGUAUCAUAUGUUUACUGUGGAAUUAUGAGUGUCUUUUCUUUGUCUUGGCUUUUUUUUUCUUUUUGUUUUUUUUCCUUAUGGGAAUUGUAAUUCUAUUAUGGAUUUUUAGCGGUUAUCAAGAUAUUUAUGGAUACUCUUUUCUGGAUUCUGUUCAA